GCCGGAGCGCGGCUGCCCUUGCGGACUUUGCUUGGUGGGCAGGGCGUUUGCGCGGGUUUGGCCUGACUCCUCUCCACCCGGCGCAAUGUUCGCCUUCCUAGCCAGGAACAUGUUUUAGUUUCGGGCAUGUUUAUUGCCAUGCAGGGCGACUCCGGGCGAUGCAAACCGCGAAUGGCGAAGCCUUCCAGCUGGUUGAAGCCGGUGGCCUUACGGAAGUUACGAGGCCGCUACCUGACUCACCAGGAAGGCCUACCCCAUCUGCCUGUCCCCCCACUGCAGCAAACUUUGGAUCGUUACCUGUUAGCGCUGGAGCCUGUCAUUAGCGAGGAGGAAUUGAGCCACACCAAAGAUUUGGUGCGAGAAUUUCGGAAACCGGGCGGCGUGGGGGACCGGUUGCAGAAAGGGCUGGAGAGAAGAGCUCGGAAGAACGAGAAUUGGCUUUCAGACUGGUGGCUGAAAACAGCGUACCUGGAGUAUCGGCUGCCGGUGGUCAUCCAUUCCAGUCCUGGCGUGGUGCUGCCCAAACAGGAUUUCUUGGACCGGCAAGGUCAGCUGAGGUUUGCGGCCAAGAUGAUCGAGGGGGCUCUGGACUUCAAGACGAUGAUCGACAACGAAACUCUACCUGUGGAAUAUCUCGGCGGGAAGCCUCUCUGCAUGAAUCAGUAUUACCAGAUCCUCUCGUCUUGCCGCAUCCCGGGUCCGAAACGCGACUCGGUGGUGAACUAUGCCAAGGGGAAGAAACCUCCCACCCACAUCACCGUGGUUCACAAUUUUCAGUUCUUUCAGCUAGAUGUUUACAGCAGCAACGGGAGCCCCCUGACUACCGACCAGAUUUUCAUUCAGUUGGAAAAGAUUUGGAAUACGUCCCUUCAAACCAACAAGGAGCCCAUCGGGAUUUUGACAAGCAACCAUCGCAACAGUUGGGCCAAAGCCUACAACAACCUCAUCAAAGACAAGACCAACAAGGAAUCCGUGCGCACGAUUGAAAAGAGCAUUUUCACCGUCUGCUUGGACGCUCCAAUCCCCCGGGUCUCAGAUGACGUUUAUAAGAGCCGGGUGGCUGCCCAGAUGCUACACGGAGGAGGAAGCCGGUGGAAUAGUGGGAACCGCUGGUUCGACAAAACGCUCCAGUUCAUCGUGGCGGAAGAUGGAUCCUGCGGGUUGGUGUAUGAGCAUGCGCCAUCCGAGGGCCCCCCCAUUGUGGCUCUGCUGGAUCACAUUGUGGAGUACACAAAGAAGCCGGAGCUUGUAAGAUCUCCCAUGGUCCCAUUACCGAUGCCAAAGAAACUACGGUUUAAUAUCACUCCGGAAAUCAAGAACGAUAUUGAAGAUGCCAAGCAGAAUCUCAACAUCAUGGUGCAAGAUUUGGAUAUCAAGGUGAUCGUGUUCCAUCAAUUUGGGAAAAAUUUCCCCAAGUCGCAGAAGAUCAGUCCAGAUGCUUUUAUUCAAGUCGCUUUGCAGUUGGCUUACUACAGGAUGUACGGAGAGCUUUGCUCCACUUACGAGAGCGCCUCGCUUCGGAUGUUCCGUCUUGGCCGGACAGACACCAUCCGCUCAGCCUCCGUGGAUGUGCUGAAGUUUGUACAGUCCAUGAGCGCUGACAACAUCCAGGAUCAAGAGAAGGCAGAAUUGUUGAGGCGAGCCACCCAGGCACACCGAAACUAUACUGACAUGGCCAUUAGAGGAAAUGCAAUCGAUCGUCACCUUCUGGGCCUGAAGCUCCAAGCCAUUGAGGAUCUAGUGAGCAUUCCUGAACUCUUCAUGGACACCGCUUACGCCGUAGCCAUGCACUUCAACCUCUCCACCAGCCAGGUGCCCGCCAAGACAGACUGUGUGAUGUGUUUUGGGCCGGUGGUGCCGGAUGGUUACGGCGUUUGCUACAACCCCAUGGCGGAGCACAUCAAUUUUGCCAUCUCGGCCUUCAACAGCUGCAGCGAAACCAACGCCGCCCGGAUGUCCCAUUACUUGGAGCAAGCACUGCUGGACAUGCGGCUUCUGCUCCAAUCCAAUCCCAAGUCCAAGCUUUAAGAGGGGAAGAGGCGAACGGACCGGUUCGAAUUACUGACCUUCUGGGUGGGUGUCAUCCACACCCUGGACUUCCCACCCCUCCCUCCGAAGGAUGGAAGACUUUUUCCUGGUGGCGCUGGGUUUGCGGGAUGGAAAUGAACUCCCAUCACUCAACAGGGGAGAUAACCCUGCUCACCUUCCCUGUGUUCGUAUGAGUCUGUGCCUUAAGAGAGGUUUCGCGGGAGAGAACGGGGAGCUUGUGAAUCAACGGGAAUCCGGACCUUCCUUGGUUGGAUGCUGGGUUGAAAGGGAAGGUCUUGGCUCAAAGCCUCCAGAGAAGUUUAGCCUGGGAUUUUGCACAAUGUUUGUUCUCCGUGGGAAUAUAACAAGCCCGUUUCACAGCAUCCGUUACUAUGAUGGUUUUCAUGGUAGAGCCGUUUUCUGGUUUGAUGCUAAAGAUUGCUUCCUUUUCUUCCUCUCCUUCUCCAUCAUAUCAUUUUUUUUCCUCCUCAUUCUCAUCUUCUUGUCCUCUUUCCCCUUCUCCAUCAUCCUUACUCCUUGCCUUCCUCCUCCAU